CACUAUUCACCUGCUGACGCAGCCGUCGAUGCUGGUGCAGCCGAGGUUCGAGGACGUGUGGCAGGAUAUGUUAGCAUCAUACAGGAAGUUUCUCUUCGUCAGGCACCCGCUGCGCAGGGUAGUGUCAGCCUACAGAGACAAGCUCUAUGCUCCCAGUGACAUGGAAGACAUGGACAUCUCUGCCCACAUCAAGAAAACUUUAACGCAAAAAUUCGGGACGUCGUCAACACACACCAAGGAUGAUGUAGUGAGUUUUGCAGACUAUAUCAGACUCAUCACUCACCAGGAGGACGAUGAAGACAUAUCCUGGGACGGCCACUGGCGUCCUAUCCACCAGAUGUGUAAUCCUUGUGGCAUCGAUUACGACUUCAUUGGCAAAUUUGAAAAUCUCCAUGAAGACAUGAACCACGUCCUACAAUGGCUGGGUGUUGACAAGAUUGUUAGGGAGUUACCCGUACCCAUGAAGAACACUGGAGCGGACCACCUGGCUUCAUUUUAUCUGAAGAACCUCUCCUCCUCCCUCAGGAAGUCUUUCCUCGCUCAUUACUUCCUCGACUACCUCAGUUUUGAGUACGAGUUUAUCUAAGACCACUUCAACCAUGAAGAAAAAUAUAUUCUCAUCCCUCUGUUAGUCUCCCAGCUCAGGUUAACAGAUCUCAGUACUUAUAAACCAAUCUGUGAUAGAAUGUGACAAUGAAACAGCUAGCCUUUGUUCCCACGUGUAACUAUCAUAUGGAAUGUGACAGCAACACAGAGUGUACUAAACUAUAAUUAAUUAACACUAACGAUCAAUGCACUGAGGUGCCAGUCUGAAUAAAAGUUGAACUCGUUAGUAUUACAUACAUUAUUAGUUCUUAUUCAUGUUUGUCACCAGAGGAAAGUAUAUUGUGCAACCCUUAUCCCUUGUGAGAGCAAAGUAGCUAGUUUAUUGUGCAUCCCGUAUCGAUUAUGUGGACCGUAGUAGCUAGUUUUUUGUACACUCCAU